UCUUCUAAGCUCGUAUCGCGUUCCCUAGUAUGUGGGGCCGAGAAUAUCAAACACGCCGCGCCUUGAAACAACUCCUUGUCGUGUUGUCGUGUUGAUUACUAUGUUCUUGACACCACCAUUUCUUGAGGGGGCCGCCUCGACCAUACGAAUCUAAUUCAGCAUCAGGAAUUUCGACUAGUACACAUUAGUCUGAAGUGGUAGUAUAAUCAGCCACGACGAAUCCACGACCUGCGCUUCUCUAUGUUCACAGCCACAAAAACAAAUACCGGCGAUCUCGUGCUGCUUCACUGGGAUAAAUAUGGCCAAAAGCUGUGCUAGCACGGGGGUUUUAGCCGUAAUGUAUAAUUCCCAAAAGGACGGAUGGCAGUGUCUUCUGUGUUCACUCGUUCCCGCAGUCUAUUUAUUCGCGACUUGCCCAGCUCCAGUUCACAUUUACUCCUUCCCCUUCACCGCCGUCUCCCUCCCCUCAUGCCUUUAAUCCCUCUCACGAGGCGCACUUCAAGCGCGACUUUGAGUUCAUCGGAUUCGGGGACGAGUACUCAGGUCAUUAUUGGGGUCGUAGUGGGUGCUGUGGUGCUUUCGCUGUUCAUAGCCUUUGCGGUGUGGUUUUUCUUCAAGCAGUAUCGUCGUCGCCGCAACCCUUCCCCAUCUUCCCCCAACAUUAUCUACAAUCCAAAGCUCAGUCGUGUGGCAGACAUUGGCCGACUGCUUGAUCCGGAACCUUCGUCUCGAUUUGAGACCAAAGACUCGCGUCCCUUACUUUCGCCUGAACCUACCCCUGCCUUUCAUACAAAAAUCGAUUCUAGUAACACAUGGGUACCUUCUGGCGUCCAUUACUCAAACGUCGCACCAGCAGAGGAAGCAUAUCAUAUCGAAUUCGAGCGACUCCCAACACCUACAUUCAGUGAUCAAUUCGGGGACCGGCUCUUGUCGUCGUCAUUGAUGGAAGAGUCUUCAACACCUUUCCUGCAGAGUUCGUUCAGUUCGAGACAUACAUCCCCACAAACCUCUCCUCCAGCAACACCCUCACCUGUACCCAGCCCUAAACAUCUUCCUCGUCUCCUUAUCCCCGGCAAAGAUAAGCCUGCCAUUCCUGUGUCCCGAUACCUUCUUACGCGUCCGAUUGCGAAGAUGGAGACACCCGCCGAGACAUCGCCCAUAUCUUCUUCUUCAUCAGUCUCAUCUGAAUCUGUGUACUCGCAAGCGAGCGCUUCAACGCGUAGACAUACCAUGCUAUCUAUGUAUGAAGUGCCGCCGCCAGUCCCAUCCAUUCCCCUCGCUUUCCGAUCAAGCUCUGGUAUACGCCCUUUGCCCCAGGUUCCGGAUCACGUCUUGAAACGCGUGCACGAGGAGGAAAAUCAGGGUGACCUGUACAGGAUGCCAACGAAAGUGAUAGCCGGUCUGGUGAAAGGUCGGGUAAAACGUACUAGAGCAGUAGAUCUCGAACGUCAUACGAGCAAAGUGUCGCGUAUCGAGAGGGCAGAUUCUAUCAAGUCUCUCGCAACGCCUUCGGAUGACGAGGAGGAGACGACGUCCAUGUCUCUGCAUUACCCCCGCCUUGAGCGGACACAGAGCCGAUGGGUGAAGAGGUCACAAGCUCGGAUGGACACAGUAAUGGAGUCGCCUUUAUCGGCGUCUCCGGAUGCUUAUUACACGUUUAACGUUUCUACUUCUCCUUUGCGGGUGAGGAAAAAUUCUUCACCCAUUUCGUAACGUUUCGAUAGACUAUCAUUUCUAUAUUCGACGAACAGCGACGACCGCACUCUUUUUAGGUUCAUAUUAUUGAUAUUAUUGUAUUCCCAUAACUGUACAUUAUCGAAACGUUUACUAAUUCACGGUAACCAAGCUCCGAAAUGCCCGCGGCCUCUCACAGCUCACUGAAACUGCGGCGACUGUUGGG